CUGGCAAUGACAGCGUUGUCGUCACUGCCAGCCCAAGCAAUUCAAUUCCUUUACUCCAGGAAGGUAUCAGGUUCUGUACUUCCAAUGGAAUCCAUCAUUCCAUGAUCCCACCCCGCCGAUUCCCUCGCCCUGCCUAGGACUAUAAAGCAAACUACCUGGUAGUUACUCAGGUUGGGUACGCACGACCAGGCGCAACAAGCACUCGCUGUUUUGGUGCCUCAAACUCCCCGUCCGGCGAGGCGCGGCGGCCGGCGUGAGGAGUGAGAGUACCUACUCAAGGCGCUGGGCCAUCGAGAGUCGAGGCAUUGCACCAACGCCGACUGUCGCAGCUUUUAUGCCAUGGAAGAGCUCAGAUCUAGCUUCCUCGACACCGUCAGCGGGCCCGCCGUCACUGAUCCCGAUGACCGCCAUGACGAGGCUCAGCAGAGCACCGACUCGGACUCGGUCAGGACGGCGAGGGGCAUCCGCCACGGCGUCUUCCGCGCUGCCACCCUCCAGGACAAACUCCUAGAGAGGCUCCUAUCCCAAGUGAUUCCCGCCGACGACAGCAAUGGCCGGGUGCCGGAUCUGACAGCCGACGACAUGCCCGCCUACGCCGAACGUCCGGGCUUCUCCCUGCCGCUUAUGGCCGCCAAUUUCAGGAGAUUCAACGCCCGCAUCGGCGUUGUCUUCAAAUUCCAGGCCCGCGCGCUCCGCGUGCUGUCGUGGCGCCGCCCAACCCAAACGCUGUCUCUGUUAGCCGUCUACACCUUCGUUUGUCUGGACCCCUACCUCCUGCUCGCCCUGCCGCUAGCCAUCGCCCUCUUCGGCAUCCUGGUGCCUUCCUUCGUCGCCCGCCACCCAGCCCCAUCCUCCGAACCGGACCAGGUCCGCAACCUGGGCUACUCUCCCCGGGGUCCGCCGCUCGCCCCUCCCCGCACGGUCAAGCCGGCCAAGGAGCUCUCGCGCGCCUUCCUCCGCAACAUGGGCGAUCUGCAGAACGUUAUGGAUGACUUUAGCGUCGCCCACGACAAGAUCGUCGCGCUCGUGGUGCCAGUGACCAACUUCUCCGACGAGGCCCUCUCCUCGGCCGUCUUUGUCGUGCUCUCCGGAGCCUGCCUCGUCAUGCUGAUCGCCGCGCACCUGCUGCCGCUGCGCUUCAUCGCGCUCGUCGGCGGCUGGGCCGGCAUCUUGUCCGGCCAUCCCGCCGUCGCGCGGUGGAUCCGCCAGGCGAAGGCCCAAUACACCGCCGCCGCCACCACCACCACCACCACCAACAACAACAACAGCAACAACAACAACGCCAAAGCGGCAUCCGCCCCAGCGAAGUCGACCACCCCCUGGUACUCCCCAACCGCGCUCCUGCAAAGCCUCCUCUCCGACAUCCAGCUCGACAGCGCCCCCGAGACGCGCGAAGUCGAGAUCUUCGAGCUGCAACGCCGCACCUUCCCCAGCAGCAGCACCAUCCCCGCGUCCUCCCAUCCCCCCUCCCCCUCCCCAUCGUCCGCCGGGCGAGACAGCGCCGGCGAGUGGCAGCCGUGGCUGUUCUCGCCGUCGCCGUACGACCCGCUGUCGGCGGCGCGGCUCGCCGGCGAGCGGCCCCGCGGCGCGCGCUUCUUCGAGGACGUCCGCCCGCCCGACGGCUGGGAGUGGAGCGAGAAGAAGUGGGCGCUCGACCUCUGGAGCCGCGAGUGGGUCGAGGAGCGCAUCAUCACCGGCGUCGAGGUCGAGACCGAGGGCGAGCGCUGGGUGUAUGAUAUGUGGACGCCCGGCGAUGAUGUCGCUGCUGCUGCUGGUGGUGGUGGUGGUGGUGAGUGGGAGGGCGCUGGGGAGGGACAGGGGCGGAGGUCUGCGCCGCCGCGGUCCGGGGUGAGUUGGGAGGAGGGCGAGGAGGAGGGGAUGGGCAGGCGCGGGCUGUGGCGGCGCCGGAGGUGGGUGAGGACGGUCAAGCGGAAGAAGGUUACAGAUGUCUGAAUAUGUAUGUUUGGUUUUGAUGCUCUUA